UUAGAGGCUUUGACGCCACGCGAAAGCUCUCUCGCUCCCUCUCUCUCUCUCUCGCUCCCUCUCCCUCCCCUCUCUCUUAGAGGCGGGGCAUCUAAGUCGUCCUGUUCAUUAGCCCCCGAGGGCACUCAUUUACAGGCCAGCCGUGUCUUCUCGUGCAAUGUUUUGUUAGAUAUAUAUGUAUACAUACAACGUGUUUUUUUUCAUAUACACUCGCACGCGAGAACACACGCGCGCGCGCGCGCACACACUCGCUCACUCAGACAGCGCGCACCGUUCAUUCACACGCGCGUACACUCACACGCACUCGCUCGCUCGCUCAGACGCACGCACGCACACACUCACACGCACUGGCUCGCUCGCUCACACGCGCCCGCACACAGAAGACGAGAGGGAGUCGCUGCUCUUGGGCCGUUGCCCGCGGGAGUCGAGGAGGCGCGCGAGCCAUGAGCGACUGAUGCGACGCGCGAGGCGACCGAACGGGGUUUCUCGCGCGAUGAUCCCCGAGCGCGGCUGAAGCGAGCAGCAGUGGAUCGAGCAAGGGUGCCCGAGACAACACGAACGAGAGAUACCCAGACAGCCCCCCCCCCCCGUGUAGCCCACAACAGGCUGCUGCUGCUGCUGGGGGACAGUGUCUGUCAUCGAGCACCCAGCACCGACAGCGAGAGACGCCACAGAGCGAGAGAAAACUUUCAUCAGAAGAUCGAUCGGGGUUGGGGGGGGGGCUGGCUCUGGUACGUGUAGGAGGAAAACACCGUCCGUGAAUAAACUUCAGAGCCACUGACUCAUCGCCCCCCCGCCCGCCCGCCCCCCACGAUGGCUUCCGUGUCCGUCGAGUACGCAGCCACGCGCUCCGUGCAGCCUCCCGACUCGAGCGCGCAGCACGACGCGGACGCGAUGGACGGCGUCUCGCCGCUGCUCGGGCUCGCCAACCUGCAGCCGCUGACCUCGAUGAGCGACGGCCUCCGCACCUGGGAGGGUCUGGCGCUCGGCGCGGCAGGCAUCGGUCUGGGCGCGUCGUGUUUGAGCGAGGCCGCCUCCGCGCUCGGCGGCGGGAGCCAUCCGUCGUCGGCGUCGUCCGUAGCUCCCGCGCCGCUCUUCACUCCCGAGCAAGUGGCGUGCGUCUGCGAGGCGCUCCAGCAGAGCGGCGACACGGAGCGCCUGGCGCGCUUCCUCACCGCCCUCCCUCCCUCGUGCGAGCAGCUGAGCCGCAGCGACAGCGUCAUGAAGGCGCGAGCCCUGGUGGCCUUCCAGCAGGGCCGCUACGCCGAGCUCUACGCCAUCCUCGAGUCGCACGGCUUCGCGCCGCAGUGCCACGCCGCGCUGCAGCAGCUGUGGUACCGCGCGCGCUACUCGGAGGCGGCGAGGGCGCGCGGCAGGCCCCUCGGAGCGGUCGAGAAGUAUCGGCUCCGUCGGAAAUUCCCGCUGCCGCGAACGAUCUGGGACGGCGAGGAGACGGUGUACUGCUUCAAGGAGAGGUCCAGGCAGGUGCUCAAGGAGUGCUACGAGAGGAACCGUUACCCGGGCCCGGCCGAGAAGAGGGAGCUGUCCCGGCUCACGGGAUUGUCUCUCACGCAAGUCAGCAACUGGUUCAAGAACCGCAGGCAGAGGGAGAGAGGCGCUCCGGCGAAGGGAGACCCCACGGGCAGCUCCCACCAGGCCGACGACGGACCUCGCAAGAGCCCCGAGGACCUCGAAGAUUCCUCCUUCUCCGAGACGGACGGAGACGGGACCCCUCCCUCGUCGUCGUCGUCACGUGACUUCCCGGGCCAGCCCUGCGCCACGGCGCUGGGCAGCGACUACCCCGCGGGGCUGCCCCACGGCCACCCGCACGGCCACCCGCACGACCCGGCGGCGAGGGCGGCGGUGCCUCCGGGCGGCUACCAGGAGUCGAACCAGCACCCCGCGCAUCUGCAGGCCUUCUUCAACGCGAGCAUCCACGCCGCGUCCCCUUACCUGCUGGCGCACGGGGCCGGCGGCUUGUCGCUGGGUGGCCUCGGCAUGGAGGCGGCUCUGUGUGGGCUCAACGUGCACUCGAGUGUAGGCGACAUGCAGGCGGGGAGAUUGGACGCAACGGAUUGCUAUUCGGGGAUGCAGCAGCAGCAUCAUCAACACCAUCAGCAGCAGCAGCAUCAUCAGCAACAACAUCAUCAUCAGCAGCAACAGCAGCAACAGCAUCAUCAGCAUCAUCACCAGCAGCAGAUAGGGCGAGCAGCUCACAGCGUCAUAUUUAAAGGACCGUCGGGUUUGCAGCAGCAGCAUCAUCAUCAUCAACAGCAGCAGGAAGAGGAACACCACAGCAUGGCUUUCAACGGGGCGGAUAAAAUGUACCCAAGUCCCAACGGAGUGCUGGACAGCGCCCACCUGGGCAUCGUGGAAGACGGCACGAGGGGGGUGGAGGAUGAGACGCGCGGUGGCUUUUUCGGCUACACGCCCUUCGCCGUUGCAGCUCCGCCGGUGACUCCGCCGUUGUCGUCGUCAUCGACGCCACCGCCAACAGCGUCGUCGGCAUCGUCUUCGGCGGCGGCGAACCCAACGCCGUCAUCGUCAUCGGCAACCGCAUCGUCGCCUCCGUUGUCCUCGACGACGGCGGCGGCGACUUUGGCCAUCGGUGAGGCGGCCUCGCCGACGAGCGGAGUGGCAAGCGGGUUCCACGAGAUGAUGGCGGCGGCGGCUGCGGUGGCGACCGAGGGCGCGGGCUGUCUGCGGGAGGCGUCAGAGGCCCGGGACGACUCGCCGCUGAGGCCCGAGGCCGGCUCGAGCCCGUGCCAAGGAGGAUCUCGGGACGAGGGCUCGGAGAUCAAAAUCAUCGCCGAACUUCAGACGGUGCCCUUCGUCGAGCAGCUGUCGAGCGUCUGAGAGACGGGAGGGGCGAGCCGUCGGAUGAGUGGUUCAUUUUGACCGCGCGGCCCCAAACGGAGACGGUUCUUGUCUGGAGCUCAGCACGUUUGUCAACAACACUGCCCCUCCUGCCUUUGGCGAGUGGCUCUUCUUCACAACAGAGGAAAAGCACAGAGACAUCUCUGAUAUUAAGAAGGGCCAUUGUCCGAAACGUUGUUUAUGUAUAUCCAUGUUUUUUCCCUUUAAUAUAUAAUAUAUACCCCCCCCCCCCUCGCACCAGUAAAGACAGUUUAAUUGAUUAAUAUGUUGAAUUUUUGGUUUAGUUAUUUAUGCUUAUGCACCACUGCCAAUGCAGUAUCACACACGAAAACAUAUACUUUAUCCUGCAGAGAUACGUCGAGAUUGUGGGUUCCAGGCUGUUUCAUACUCGUGCGGAACCUCGGUAAUGAUAGAUAGAACAAAACAAACUCACGGUCACACAGGCGUGCCACCAAAGGGCUGCGUUGAGUCAGGCUUCCCUCGAUCUGUGCGGGUUCGGUUUGUGGAGAUUUCACGUAAGAUGCGGCGAACAUAUUUCUACCCCAUGAAUUCGCUACAUUAUGCGGGCUGAUUUCAUGCGGCUAUGCGGCCGGAACGUGGGGCAAGAUUGUGCGCGUACUUUGUGUGUACUGCGUGUGUACUGCGUGUGUACGGUAUGUACUGCGUGUGUACGGCAUGUAAUGCGUGUGUACUGCGUGUGUACUGUGUGUGUACUGUGUGUACUGCGUGUGUACGGUAUGUACUGCGUGUGUACUGCGUGUGUAUGGCAUGUACCGCGUGUAUACAGUAUAUACUGCGUGUGUACUGUGUGUACUGCGUGUGUACUGUGUGUUUACUGUGUGUACUGUGUGUACUGUGUGUGUACGGUAUGUACUGCGUGUGUGUGGCAUGUACCGCAUGUAUACAGUAUGUACUGCGUGUGUACUGUGUGUACGGUAUGUACUGCGUGUGUACUGUGUGUACUGUGUGUGUACUGUGUGUACUGCGUGUGUACUGCGUGUGUACUGUGUGCGUACUGUGUGUGUACGGUGUGCGCUACUCAACUACGACCACCGCGUAGAACGAGGGAAACGUGUGUGUGUACUGUGUGUGUGUACUGUGUGUGUGUACUGUGUGUGUGUGUACUGUGUGUGUGUACUGUGUGUGUGUACUGUGUGUGUGUACUGUGUGUGUAUACAUUGUGCAGCGUCUUGAGAUGCAGUCACGUGUGCGCACUUUGUAUAUGCGUGGAAGCAUAAAAAGUACAGUACAACCGCAGUGUUUUUUUGCUUUUUCACGUGAUGUGUACAAACGGAAAUGACGUUCACACAAUUGCAUUGUGACGUCACAGCAAGUGCUAUAAUGGCGCGCCUGACCACAUGCAAACUUAAAUUCGUUUUUUUCUUCUGCCCACCCAAACCCCCCUCUUACUAUUCACGAAUUAAUCUAAUUAAUAAAGUUUCACAGUUGUGUUGAAUAGCCCUGGCUGGGAGCGCAGCGCCAGGUGUGAACCCACAAGUUAGGCCUGUGUGGUGGUGGUGGUGGUUGUUGUUGUCGUUGUUAUGUGGGUUGAGAAAUGGAUUGCGAUGCAAAUCAGCAGUGAUAUGGGUCCACGCACGUGCAUGCAUAACGGUAGCAGCAGUUGUAGGAUUCCACUUGUACAUUUAUCUCGUUCGUACAGUAUAGUUCAACAUUAUUAUUGCAAUUGACACGAUAGUUGUAUUAAAAUAUUGUUGCUGUUAUUAUUACAUCUACUACUACGGUUGAUUGAAUAGUAAAUAAACACACGCACAUCUAGCUCCACACGUAACAAAAGAGAAUGAAUAGGUUUAAGGCCAGUGAGCCCGUGAGCCUUCUGAAGCAGGCUAAUAAUCGUGGAUCGGUGUGCCCGUUCUGGGUUUAAUCAGCAGGUUGCGGCCUGUUAGGGAAACACUGCUAGGAAACACGAGCCUCGGCAGUUCUCCUCCACGGCCUCGCCGAAUCCCUCAACUCCGAACUCCACGUGAUGCAAAAUGCCGCUGCCAGACUCCUGCACCUGCAGUCAAUGCCACGUCACCGCUAUUCGACAAUCCCUCCACUCGCUCCCAAUCCAAUCAUUUGCAGUGAUUGUCCUCACCCGAGUCAAGAUCCUCACCUGUCUAUAUCUCCCCUCUCAUCUCACUACUCCCCUCCACGCACUCUCCUACCUCUACCCUCUCAUCUCACCCUACUCCCCUCCAUGCACUCUCCUACCUCUCCCCUCUCAUCCCACUCUACUCCCCUCCACGCACUCUCCUGCCUCUCCCCUCUCAUCUCACUGCACUCCCCUCCACACACUCUUCUACCUCUCCCCUCUCAUCCCACUCUACUCCCCUCCACGCACUCUCCUACCUCUCCCCUCUCAUCUCACUCUACUCCCCUCCACGCACUCUCCUACCUCUUCCCUCUCAUCCCACUCUACUCCCCUCCACGCACUCUCCUACCU